AUGUCCUACCCCCAGUUCGGAUACCCCUAUUCAUCAGCCCCCCAGUUCCUGAUGACCACCAACUCCUUGACCACGUGCUGCGAGACCAGCGGCCGGGCGCUCUCGGACUCCGGAGCAGCAGCGGCAGCAGCGGCGGCGGCCUCGGCCCAAACCCCGGUCUACUGCCCGGUCUACGAGAGCCGGCUCCUGGCCACUGCCCGCCACGAGCUCAACUCCGCAGCCGCCCUCGGGGUCUACGGGGGGCCCUACGCCAACAGCCAAGGCUACGGAAACUACGUCGCCUACGGCACCGAGGCCUCCGCCUUCUACUCUCUGAACAGCUUUGAUGCCAAGGAUGGGAGUGGAUCUGCGCAUGCGGGAAUUACUCAGGCGGCUGCUGCUGCUUACUACCCCUACGAUCACACGCUCAGUCAGUAUCAAUAUGACAGAUACGGCACCAUGGAUGGGGGAACCCGGAGGAAAAACGCCACCCGGGAGACCACCAGCACUUUGAAGGCCUGGCUCCAGGAGCACCGCAAGAACCCCUACCCGACCAAAGGUGAGAAGAUCAUGCUGGCCAUCAUUACCAAGAUGACCCUCACCCAGGUCUCCACCUGGUUCGCCAACGCCCGCAGGAGGCUCAAGAAGGAGAACAAGAUGACCUGGCCCCCCAGGAACAAGUGCGCCGACGAAAAGCGGCCCUACGAGGAGGAGGACGACGAGGGAGAGGGACAAGGAGGCAGUCUCAAGAACGAGAAGCUGGAAGAGCCGUCCGGCAAGGAGGACAAGGAGCUGGGCCUGAGCGACCUGGACGACUACGACCCGCUGGAGUCGGAGGGCUCCGAGGGCGAGCUGAAGGCGCCUUCCUUCGGGACGGGUGAGCCUUGCAAGGAGGCCUCGCUGGUGGAAGGGGCCAAGGGCAGCCUCAAGGACCCCGCCGAGAGCUGCGAGAGGAGCUGCGAGGCCCAGCACCCGCUCCUGGAGGGCAACAGCAGCAGCAGCAGCAGCAAGCCGCGGAUCUGGUCCCUGGCGCAUACGGCCACCUCGCUCAACCUCAGCCAGGCGGAGUUCCCCUCCUGCAUGCUCAAGAGGCAUGCCGCUCAAGGGGCGGCCUCGGCCUCGGGGGGAUCAGGCCCAGCGCCCCCUUCCUCCUCGUCCUCCUCCUCCUCCUCGGUCCCCCCGAAGGAGUCCCCCGUGGCCAACCUCAGGAACUGGGUGGACGGCGUCUUCCACGACCCGCUCUUUCGGCACAGUACUUUGAACCAAGCCUUGAGCAACACCGCCGUGUCUUGGGCCGCCGCCGCCACCACCAAGGGGUCCUCCCUCUUGGAGACGGGGGCCCUGGGGCGCUCCGCCGUGCUCAAGGGGCAGCUGGCCGGCCUGGCCGGGCCCCAGGACUCCGGCAAAGACUUCCUGGCCUUCCCCAAAGCAGGCAGCAAGAUGUUCUGCUCCUAACGACCGAGGACGGGGGGAAGAAAGGGAUGGGGGACCAACACAAACUUGGAGGGAGGUUGGAGGGCCAAGGAAAGGGGUUGUUUUCCCCCUGGGCAAAAGGAACGUGCCUCCCCCUCGACUUCUCUUUGCUGGUUUAAGGACAGAGAGAAAGAGAGAGAGACUUCCUUUGUUUGGAAGAUGGUUCUUCACUGGGCUGCGACCUCAAAGGAUCGACGUCUUCACGGUGAUUUUAAGCCCCUCGCACGUUCCGCUAGUGACAGAGGUGUCCUCCUCCCGCGUUUACUUUGAGCAAGUUUACAAGGCGCGAGAUUCGAAUCCAGGUCCCGGCAACAAACGGAGGAGGAGGGAGGGGUUUGUCUCUUCCGUCCCCCUCCCCCAUUCUUUUUUCUUUCCCCCUUUAACUGUGUGGCAUGCCAACCUUAGUCAUCCAGAACAAAAAAAGGAAAGAAAGACUUUCCUCCUGGGACUUUGAUUCCCCUUCCCUCUCAUUUCUUCUCGUUCCCAUCCCACCCACAAAAAACAAGCGGGGAGCACUCCUUCCACGGACUUGGCACCAUUGCGCGCACGCA